GUGUGUCUCUACCGGUGAAUGAGAGAGGACGGAGGAAAAUAAUCUGCAGCCUGGUCCAGCAGAAAACGUGAGCAGGUCUCCAUGGCCCAGUUCGGGGGGCAGAAGAACCCUCCAUGGGCGGCCCAGUUUGCCGCAACAGCGGUUUCACAACCCGGCCACUCGGGACAGUCGCUGGACCUGAACAGUUUACACUCUUUAGGCGUACAGCAGCCGUCCCUCUUGGGAGCGUCUCCUAUGUACACUCAGCAGUCGGCUUUAGCGGCAGCCUCCCUCAACACACAGUCAGCUGCCAACUACCAACUCUCGCAGCAGACCGCAGCGCUCCAGCAACAGGCCGCAGCAGCCGCUGCCGCUGCAUUACAGCAGUCGCAGAUCAAUUCAGCCCUGCAGCAGUAUCAGCAGCAACAACAACAGCAGCAGCAACAACAACAGCAGCCACCUCAAGCCCCCCCUCCACAACCUCCACCUCAACAAACUCUUUACAACGUCCCGCAUCAGCUUCCACAACCUCAACAAGCCCUGCUAUCACAGCCCCCUGUUGCUUUGCCCACCAGCCUGAGCUUGUCAAACCCGCAGCAGACAGCACAGAUAACCGUAUCAUACCCGACCCCGCGCUCCAGCCACCAGCAGCAGACCCAACCCCAAAAGCAGCGCGUUUUCACCGGGGUCGUCAGCAAACUACACGAUACUUUUGGCUUUGUCGACGAAGAUGUCUUCUUCCAGCUUAGUGCGGUUAAGGGGAAAACACCCCAAGUGGGCGAUCGAGUUCUGGUGGAAGCUGUCUACAAUCCCAACAUGCCUUUCAAGUGGAAUGCCCAGCGCAUCCAGACGUUACCUCAGCUGCCCAAUCAAACGCACCAGCCGCCUCAGCCCUUACCUCAGGUUUCCCCACAGCUGUCCAGCUUUUACUCUGAAGCAGGAAUGCAGCGCUACUCUGACAUACACUCUGCGGUGGAUUCAAGACAAAAUAGCCAGCCGCCAGGCCCGAAUAUGAUGAAACCAGGUCCCACCAUGCUGCAGUCUCUACCCCCGCCCACUACGUUCAGCGUCCCGGCCCAGGGACCUCCUCCAUCUCUUCUGCAGGCCCAGCUCUCAGCUGCCUCUCUGGCCCCACUGCUGCAGAACCCCCCACAACCACUGCUACCCCAACCGCCCCCUAAAGAUUCUGUGUUCUCAGGGGGUUUGCUGCAGCCCCCGGUGCGGAUGAUGCCUCAGCCGCAACAAGUUAGGCGUGUGGACCCCUCACCCCGCUUCCCCAGCCGCAGCGACCGACCAGAACUCAUCCUGAGGAAAGAUGACCGCAGGUCAGCGCUUAUGCAUGCACCUAACUUUGUCAGGAGCAAUCAAGUAGAAUUCCUUCAUCGGGAAAGAGAUAGAGAGCGAAGGAGGUCAAGAGAACGUUCACCCACACGGAAACGCUCAAGAGACCGGUCUCCUCGCAGAGAGCGUUCUCCGAGACGGCCACGCAGAGUCGUCCCAAGAUAUACUGUGCAGUUCUCCAAAUUCUCUCUCGAUGGUUACAACUGUGAUAUGAUGGAGUUGCGGCGGAGGUAUCAGAGCCUCUACAUCCCCAGUGACUUCUUUGAUGCUGUGUUUACCUGGGUAGACGCCUUUCCCCUAAUACGACCUUUCACAUUUGGAAACUACUGUAACUUCCACAUCAUGCAUAAAGAGGUGGACUCUCUGGUGAAAAACACGGCUGUGCUGGACCCACCUGAUGCCAAUCACACCUACAGUGCAAAGGUAAUGCUGCUGGCCAACCCAAGUCUAGAUGAGCUGUAUCAUAAGUCAUGUGCUCUGGCAGAAGAUCCACAAGAGCUGAGAGACUCCUUCCAGCACCCUGCCCGCCUCAUCAAGUUCUUGGUGGGGAUGCGGGGCAAGGACGAGGCCAUGGCCAUCGGGGGUCACUGGUCUCCCUCUUUGGAUGGGGCCGACCCGGAAAACGAUGCCUCGGUCCUUAUAAAGACAGCCAUACGUUGUUGUAAGGCUCUGACAGGCAUUGAUCUGAGUUUAUGUACCCAGUGGUAUCGUUUUGCAGAGAUACGCUAUCACCGCCCUGAGGAGACUCACAAAGGGCGGACAGUCCCCGCACAUGUGGAGACAGUGGUUUUAUUUCUCCCGGAUGUUUGGCAUUGUCUUCCUACCCGCUCAGAGUGGGAGGGCCUGUCCCGUGGACUCAAGGAGCAGCUGGCAGAGAAACUCUUGGCUGAACGGAAGGAGGCUGAUGGAGAACAGGAGGAGGAGGAUAAGGACGAAGAUGAUUCAAAGGAAGUCACUACGCCGACUCACUGGUCAAAGCUUGAUCCGAAAUCCAUGAAGGUCAAUGACUUGCGUAAGGAGUUGGAGAGUCGUUCACUGAGUUCUAAAGGGCUGAAGUCCCAGCUGAUCGCUCGCCUCACCAAACAGCUGAAGGUGGAGGAGCAGGUGGAGGAGUCAAAGGAGCCGGAGAAGCCUGAACCUCCUAGUGUGGAGGAGGAUGAGUCCUGCAGACUGGAGGAUGACCGAGAGGAAGAGGAGCGAAAGCGACAGGAGGAGCAGGAACGUCAGCGCAGGGAGAGACGUUACGUUCUGCCAGAUGAGCCAACCAUUAUCGUCCACCCCAACUGGGCUGCCAAGAAUGGCAAAUUUGACUGCAGCAUUAUGUCCUUGAGUGUGCUGCUAGACUACAGACUCGAGGAUAAUAAAGAGCACUCCUUUGAGGUGUCUUUGUUUGCUGAAUUAUUCAAUGAGAUGCUUCAACGUGACUUUGGCUACAGGAUCUACAAAGCACUCGCUUCUCUUCCAAACAAGGAUGAGAGGAAAGAUAAAAAAGAGAAAGCUAAAAAAGAGGCGGACCGGAGGGAUGUAAAGAAGGAGAAGGAUGAAGAAAAUGGAGAGCCGGCCACAAAGAGAAUGAGAGAGGAGGAUGAGAAGAGAAAGGAUGAGGAUAAAGAGAGAGGUAUUAAGAGAGAAGAAUCCAAAGAUGACGAUGAUAAUGAAGACGGCAGCAGCAACAACAACGCUGAUGAAUAUGACCCACUGGAAGCAGAAGACGCAGACGACUAUGAUGACGAUGAUAAAGAUGAUGAAGACUCCAAUGGCAGGGACAGAAGAGAUGACCGGCGAGAUGAACGAAAAUCCAAAGAGAGAUCAUCUAAAGAUAAAGAUGAGAAGAAAAAGCAGAUGGUGACGUUCAACAAGGAUCUGCUGAUGGCUUUUGUGUACUUCGACCAGAGUCACUGUGGCUACCUGCUGGAGAAGGACUUGGAGGAGAUCAUGUACACGCUGGGCCUGCAUCUCUCCAGAGCUCAGGUGAAGAAAUUGUUAAACAAACCACUGGUUAGAGAGUCUUGCCAUUAUCGAAAGCUGACGGACAGACCUAAGGAUGAGCCUAGCCCCACGUUGACCUCUGAUGCUCUGGUAGACAACCUUUUAGGUAACCAUAGCUUGCUGCCCAGUCUGAAGAUCAAACGGGAAUCGGAGGACAGCGGCGAGUCGUCUAGCCUAAUCGUCUACAAGGGAGCCAUGGUGGAUGUGGGAAGCAUGAUGCAGAAGCUGGAGAAGAGUGAGAAAACCCGAGAAGAAAUUGAGCAGAAGCUCAUGCAUCAGGACAUAAAAAUGGAGGAGGAUUCAAAGCAUAUAGCAGAGCUAGAAGCAGCAAACCGCACCCUUCAGAGGGAGUUGGAGGAGGUUAAGAGCAAUCUCAGAGAGACGGAGGACAACCUGAGAGCCUCAGACCAGCAGAAAGGCAGCUAUGAGCAACAGCUCCACAGCACAGUGUCCAGCCUCGACACCAUCAUGAAGGAGCUACAGGGCGUUUUAUCACACGGUGAUCCUACAGAAGACGGUGACCAAAAAAACUCAAGCUAAUGGCUCAGAUGAGUGAACACUGCUCUCCAGUUCAUCCACAUCUAAUUUCCCUUCAAAUGUGUAAAUAAGCUUAAAACUAACACAAUUCUGAAACUAAUUUUAUUUUGACUUUUUUUUGGUUUCUGUGUACAGAGUUUUAAUGGCAGUGGAGGAUAAACUCUCCUUUUCCUCAUAAUUCUAUAUUUAAGAAUCUCAGAAUUCUUCAGAAUCAGAUUAUUACACUUAACAAGUUCAUGUUUAAAUGAUUAGUUUGAAUUAUGUAAAAGUUUUUGGUUGUUAAUCCAUUUGAGCUUUUCUUGGCCUUUUUUCAAAUGUUGCUAGUAAUUUUAACAUAUGUUGCUUUAUCAGCAUAUUUCAUUGUUGAAAUAAUACAUGACUUGUGCCAGUACGUGACUUAUUAGCAGAGUUUAUUUAGCAAUAAAAGUGUUAUUUAUGUUGAAAUCAAAUGUUAGAAACAGCCAUUAGGAUUUUAUUAGAACCUAUGUGAAGCUGCUUUCUGAUCUCUUUCAUUGUUCCAUAACAAACAGUGAUCGAAAAACACAUUUUGUUCAAUGUUUUGUUUGUUUUGGUCACAUCUGCGCACGCAUCUGAGUUAGCGCAUGCAUAUCAGCUUGAUUCCUGAAUAAUCUUUUUUUUUAAUUUGAUUUGAUCUUGAUGUUUUGUUCUGUGAAUUCUGUUUAAUCCUACAAGGGUAGCUUUGUGUGAAUGGGGCCAUGUUCUUUGUCAUUUCAAACAAAACCAAGGCAGUUACCCAGUUUAAGAUGCACAGACUUGAUCUGACCGAGGUCAUGCCCAUUCUGAGUCCCGGGUACUUCAUAUCAGAGUGAUUGUACUGUGUCAGAAUAGUGUGAGUCGAAUACUGUGUGUUUUUCCAGUAGUUUGUUAUGCUGGAGUUGUUUGGAAGGCAGUAAAUUCUUUUGUUUUUUUUAUGUUUUUCCUGUUGCUGGCCCACGAAAGAUGAGAGUGAUUACAGUGGGUGGUUUCUGCUGAGUGGAAAAGAGCCAAUCCUGGUCAAAAUGAGCCCGAGGCAGCCAAGUGCAUAUUAUUUUUCUAUUCUGGAUGUUCUCUGUGGUUGUCCUAGUAAAGGAAACAAAAUAAAACUGCUUCGUUUUAACAUUUCA